CGGGAUGCACGCCAUGGACAAAGUGAGCGGGGCCUGCGGGCUCUCUGGAUCCGGAUACCCCGUUUGCCCCGUGAACGAGGCGACAAAAUAAAAUCACGUGAUCCAAAAUGGGCAGUCCUCUGACGGUGCUGAAAAAAGCCAUUUUCUGGCGCUGCUGCAAAUUCUGUCCAAGUCCCAAAUAAUUUACCUGGAUCCGCGCUGGGAGGAAGGGGAAACUUUGAUGUCUGAUCAGAUCAGCCCAGAUGGAUAAAAUGCAGCCGAACCGGAUCAAAAUCACUGAUCUGAACCCGCACCUCACAUGUCCUCUGUGCGCCGGCUACCUGAUUGAUGCUACAACCAUCGUAGAGUGCCUGCACUCCUUUUGUAAAACAUGCAUCGUUGCCUUCCUCGAGACAAACAAGUUCUGUCCUCGAUGUGACGUCCAGGUUCACAAGACGUGUCCACAGCUCAGCAUCAGAGCGGACAAAACUCUACAAGACAUCGUUUAUAAGCUCGUUCCGGGGUUAUUCAAAGAUGAGAUGAAACGGAGGCGGGACUUUUAUGCAGAGAAUCGUGUGCUGGAACCAGGGGAAGUGGUGGAGACGUUUAACAUAGCGGAGGAUGAAAUUAUCAGUCUGUCCAUACAGUUCUACGAGAGGAACAAAAACAAUGAGAGGCAGCAUUCAGAGAUGGAAGGAGACAAGUCCAACGGUAAACGCUUCCUGCAGUGUCCAGCAGCCAUGUCUGUCAUGCACUUAGCAAAGUUCCUCCGCAGCAAGAUGGAUAUCCCCAACAACUAUCGGGUGGAGGUGCUGUAUGGAGAUGAACCCUUAAAGGACUACUACACACUAAUGGAUAUUGCCUACUUCUACGAGUGGAGACGAACUGGACCCAUCCCUCUGCAGUAUCUGGUCAAACCCACCCGGAAACGCAGGAGGCCGUCCCAGUCUGCCGCCCAGGGCCACUCCGAUGGCGUCAACACCAGCCCGACGUCAGAGAGCGACUCUCAGAGCGACAAAGUCCACAGUCCUGCCGCCGCUCAGCCGGCCCGAGCCUCCUCGCAGUCCAGCCCGGCGUCCCACAACCUCUCUCCCGCCAUCCAAAGCUCCAACGGUACCACUGUGCCCAACAACGCUCAGCGACACGCCCUCGCCUCCAAACAGGCCGCUCGCAAGGUGACUGUCAACGGCACGAGCUCCGGGGCCGGCAAAGAGGAGGCGAGGGGGGGUGACAAAAGCGGCUUGCCCCCGACGACCUAACGCGCGGGCGCGCGCGCACGCAGCGGCGGGGAGGACAGUGUUGGAAUUGCUUCCCUGUUUCUUCGUGCAGAGCAGAAACAGCUCGGGCCUUCACCCUCCCAGAAACGUGGGAGUCGGAUUUCUGUUAUCUUCCAGCAGGACAGACUGAAACGUGCAGCCAAAUAGACACUUGUAUGUAUGUGCGUGUGUGUGUUUGUGUGUUAGACUAGAACAGUGCACACAUACAAACUGUACAGUAUGUAUCAAAUGUGAGCAUGUGUGCAUACAUAUGUAUAAACUUAUCUUUUAUACAAGAUAUUGUAAUCGUUUUGUAUUGUACAUGCAGUGGGUCUGUUUCAUUUCCCUGAACAUCGAUUUGGCCUCGUUGGCUGUGCAGUGAGACUCGCUGCUGAGGUUGGAUGUAAACAUGAAGUAAAAUCCUCGCCUUUAAAAAGUCAGACAUGUUAAUAACUGCUGUAUAAUUGUCCAGUAUAAGCAACAGCUCAUCAGGUAACACGCGUUCAUUAAACCGUUGAUGCACUUUGUUACGGUCACGUCACGCAAGCCGACGAGUAUUUUCCCGACAGGAGAAGCAUUUAUAUCCACAGAAGCACUACGGAGCUGCCGGCGCGCUUUCCUUCAUGGCAGCCGGAGAACUCAAAAGGGAUUUUUGGAUAUUUGGCCAUGUUUGUUGUAGUUCCAUACAUUUCAAGCAUUCCUUUUUUUUUUUUUUUCUUCCCCCCUUUCUGUUAAAAAAAAAAACUGAUACUUUUUGAAAAAAUAAAACAAAAAAACAGCCAUAUGUGCAUGUUUUAGGUCAAUAAAAUGUUUACUUACUAGGUU